AUGACGAACAAAGUUAAAGAAAGGCUUUUCAGAGAUGCUUUAUUGCUCCAGAUCCCUUCAUGUUUAAAUCAAGAUAAAAAUUUUAUUGAUGAUAAAUAUAGGAGUCCAUGGACAAGAGCUAUUUCAGUUCCGGAAAUGACAGAUGAUUCAUUCUUGGAGCAGUGGACAACAAGGUUCUGUGUGGAGGAUUUUCCUGAGAAAAAGACAGUUACAGGAAUGAUGAUUAAUGGUACAUUUGAGGAAAUUGUUCCGAGUUCCAAUCCAAACUCUCCAACUGGAAUAGAGACUAUCAGCUCAUACCUCAGGAAGGACUGUGAAGAAGAUUUUACACCUAUCAAGUGCUCCCCACACUACCCGGGAGUGAAAGCAGAGCACCAAGGAUUACUUAUUGAUGAGGAAAUGAUUUUUAUAAAUAAAGCAAUGGACAAUCAUCUACCCACUGUGGAUACUCUCUUGAGCAGACUAAAGCUCUAUCUGGUUAAGGAUCCACUUUUAGAUUUCCAAGAACAGCUCUCUGGAAAGGCUGACUUCACGGAGUGUUUCUCUGUUCAAGAACGUUCGGAACCUUUUGUGAGAGAUUUUCAUAUGGCUGAAGAGACCUUUUGUAAGAAGAAACUACCCCCAGUUUUUCCUUCUGAGUUUGAAUUCCUAAUGUCUGCAACCCCCAAACAAGAACUUCCCAUCCUACCACUAUCAGAACUGAAGGAGUCACUAAACUCAAUGCCUGACACAAUGGAUUAUGUAGAAGAAAAUGAAAAACUUUCCCAAAGAGAUCUUUCUACCAAGCAUGAAUUUGAUACUGAGGAUAUGAAAUGCAACUCCACAGAGAUCUUACCUAUUGCAAGCCCAUGCGAACCAGAGUGCAGUGAACCAGGAGAAUUAGAAAUGCCACUAACCAGUCUAAGCUUACCAAGGCAACAUUCUCCAGUGAGUUCAUUAUGUGCAGGAUUUCAGGCAUUUCCAUUUUCUGCUGUGUAUAAAAUUAAUUUGCUUACUGCUGGAGAAUCGGCUAACAAAUAUUGUAUGCUGUGGCAAUUGAGAAGCUGCAGAAACUCUUGGGUCUCAUUCUUGCUUACAGUUCCAAGAUGUCAGGAGCCCAGCAGUCAAUACUCUCUUGCAGAUAUGAGGAAUAUCUUUUCUAUCAAAGGAGACAGCCUUGUGAUUAACCCUGCAAAAGCACAGAGGUGGAGACAAGCAAGACUAAAUCCAAUAAUGGCCCACACCUUGGAGCAUCUGAAGGCAUAUUUGUGUCACAGUGGUCUGUCUUCUCAGGAGACUAAGCUGGAGGUUUUCCUGCCUACAAAAGUGCUUCAGCUGGUCUCCUGGUUAGAACAUCAGAAUUGUCCCUUGCCCAUCAUGCCUAUGAGUGUGAAAUCUACCAGUGUUCCCAGAUUAUGUCCACAGAAGAGACCAUUUUCAGAAAAAGAAGUGCUGCAUCUUUGUUUGUCUGAUGAAUGUGUCUCUGUUAAAAAACCAAAAAAGGAAGAAAAUCCAAAGAAUGACCAAGAACUAGCUGCUGGAAUAAUGCAGAAGAUAGACAACAGUCAUGUUGAAUUUGAUAUGUCUGAUGAAUGUGUCUCUAUUAAAAAGCCAGAAAAGGAAGAAAAUCCAAAGAAUGACCAAGAACUAGCUGCUGGAAUAAUGCAGAAGAUAGACAACAGUCAUGUUGAAUUUGAUAUGUCUGAUGAAUGUGUCUCUGUUAAAAAACCAGAAAAGGAAGAAAAUCCAAAGAAUGACCAAGAACUAGCUGCUGGAAUAAUGCAGAAGAUAGACAACAGUCAUGUUGAAUUUGAUAUGUCUGAUGAAUGUGUCUCUAUUAAAAAACCAGAAAAGGAAGAAAAUCCAAAGAAUGACCAAGAACUAGCUGCUGGAAUAAUGCAGAAGAUAGACAACAGUCAUGUUGAAUUUGAUAUGUCUGAUGAAUGUGUCUCUGUUAAAAAACCAGAAAAGGAAGAAAAUCCAAAGAAUGACCAAGAACUAGCUGCUAGAAUAAUGCAGAAGAUAGACAACAGUCAUGUUGGACCAUAUAACUCUGUGCCAUCUGUUGAAUCAACUUCCUCUUCACGGAUCAAGGCAUCUGACAAUAAAAAACAGAAUAACUUGGACCUUUUGAGCGAGUUUAUUACUCUGAGAAGUAAAUACAAGACUUUUACUUCAGAUGCUGAAGUCACAGGCCAUGACCAAAACAGUGAAUUUCAAGAUGAAGAAAAGUGUUCUCUGACUCUUCAAGAAGAAACUCCUGUUGUUUCUAAUAACAAAACUCCAAAGGAGAGAAGUCAAGAAAGAACAGAUGAUGUCAUUGAGAUUCAGGCAUCAGACACCCAGUGCCAAGCAUACUGUCUCCUAGAAGCAGCAGCGACUCCCGUCUUAAACAAACUUGUUUGCCUCUGUACUUACCCUGCUGCUAAUUGGAAAUUUGCCACUGUCAUAUUUGACCAAACAAGAUUCUUCUUAAAGGAACAAGAAAAAAUAAUAAAUGAUGCUGUUCACCAAGGUAAAAAUGAUGACAGAGAAAUAACAUUCAGGCUUGCUGCUCUCUUACAUCUCCUGGUAACAAUUAGAGACGUCCUUUUAACAUGCAGCUUGGAGACAGCAUUAGGAUAUUUGUCAAAUGCAAAAGAUAUCUACAAAAGUGUGUUAGACUCCUGCUUGGAUAACAUUUGGAGACAGCUGAAAAUUUUACAGUUUAUUACGGAAAAAAGGCCUAAAACCAACUAUAAGAUCCAAGAAUUGCAAUGUCAGAUACUAAGCUGGUUGAAAAGUCAACAACAAUUUAAGGUACUGAUUAUAAUAAGAAUGGACACAGAUGGAGAAAAGCAUUUGCUUAUUAAAACCCUUAAGAAAAUAGAAGGUUUAACAUUGACUGUUUUACAUUCAAAUGAGAGAAAAGAUUUUCUGGAAGCUACUGGUGUUUUAAAAGGUACCAGUUCCUGUGUGGUUGUGCAUCAUCACAGUAUCCGAGCAGAUUUCCCCUGGAGCAGCUUCUCGCUCGUGGUGGAGUACAAUCACGUGGGGCACUCUUGCUGGGCCAGGCACUGCCGGCAGCUGAGUAUUCCUUUCCUGGCCUUCAGAGUCAUCGUUCCAGACACAGCUCUGAAAAGAAACACCUUGCUGGAUAGAUUUGGUGGGUUUCUCUUGGAGAUUAAGAUCCCAUACAUAUUUUUUGCAUCUGAAGGAGUGCUUAAUACCCCAGAAAUACUCCGGCUGCUGGAAUCUGACUAUAAUAUCACACUGGUGGAGAGAUGCUGCUGUGAGUCACUGAAGCUGUUUGGAAGCACAGAGCGUUACGUAGUAGUCACAGUUGAUGAGCAUACUGCUGUAGUUGUGCAGGACCUAGAAGAAUUACAUUAUGAGAAGGCAUCAGAUAAUAUCAUUAUGAGAUUAAUGGCAUUGUCAUUCCAAUAUAGCUGUUGUUGGAUAAUACUAUAUCCCAAGGAAACAUUAAAUUCAGAGUACCAUCUCACAGAGAAGACACUCCAUCACCUCGCACAGAUUUACGCAGCUUUGGUUUCCUCUGGUCUUAAAUCUGAAGAACUGGAUGUAAAGCUUAUAAUUGCCCCAGGAGUAGAAGAGACAGCUUUAACAAUUCGACAAAUUGCAGACCACAAUUUAAUGAUGUCGAAGAGAGAUCCUCAUGAGUGGUUGGAUAAAUCCUGGGUUCAAGUUUCACCGUCUAAGGAAGAAAUGAGCCUCCUUGACUUCCCAUGCAUUAAUCCACUGGUGGCUCAGCUCAUGUUACACAGAGCACCUUCCCUGCACUGGCUACUGAGAGCAAGGCCCGUUGAGCUUCAGGAACUCCUGCCCCAGGUUCCCAGCAAGGUUCUGAAGCAUUUUUGUAGCAUCACUUCCUUGUUCAAGAUUAAUUCUUCCUCCCUGACAAUGUCACCUCGAAUGUCACCACUUCAGGAGGAUAUGAAUGAAACUAAUCCCUUUAUUUCUCAGAGUUCAGCUCCUGUCAUUCAGGAACAUGAGGAAUAUUAUUCCUAUGAAGACUCAGAAGAGGCAGUGCAGGACGGCACAAGCUCUUCUCUUAUGGAGCUAAGAGAAACACUGAGCAUGUUGCCGUCUGCAGCAUCUCACAGUCAGACCAGCUACUGGAAAGACUCCAUUUGUGGUCCUAACACAGUGCACAAUAACCCUUUUCUAAUUAAUAAGGAAUCAAAGAAAGUGACUUGGCAUUCCUUUCCAAGCCAGGAUGAUUCAGAAUCAGGUGUCUUUUCUUUGGGCCUAACACAAAUAAAUUGUGAACCUGAAAUGUCACCAGCUGAUACUCAGAGGAGAGUUACUCAUAAUUUUGUUAAUUAUCCUAAAGCAAAAGGAAGCAGAAACAUGCAAGUGUCCACUCCUGUGUUUUUACCAGAGGGCUCUCAAUCCUACCUUUGUUGGGACUUUAAAAACAAUGGUGACAGGAAACAGACUUAUUCAUUCAAUUCAAGCUGUGGAGCAGAACAGACCUCCUACAACAAAUGGUACCCACAAAACAAUGACUUACCCAGUAAUCAGCCAGAGUGUCUGUCGGCUAAAUUGAAACACUUCACAUACAGAAAUUCAACCGCUGGCACUGACAAGACCUUUUGGAGAGAACUGCCUUCUGUCCCCAGCUGGGAUUCAUUCUGUGCUUCUGAUUCUAAUGUAAACCAAAGAGGAUUCAAUGGCCUUAAUUUCUACCAAAGAGCUGGGAACUACUUAGGACAGAGAAGGCUCCCUGUAUCUUCAUCUAACUGGGGAGAUUAUGAAACACCAACAGGCUUAAUGUACUCACAAGUACCACAGCCCAAAAAACAACGACUAACAUAUGAAAAAGUCCCUGGAAGAGUGGAUGGACAAACCCGGCUGAAGUUUUUAUGAAGAACAGAAAGGACAAUGCCACAUGUCAG